GCCAGUCUCCGCCACCUCGGGGAGGUCCGGGAACUGCCUCUCUGCAACUCCCAGGUGCCAGGCUGCGGGCAGCCGCCCUCAGAAAGUUUGCACGCCGGCGUCCCAGCCCGGAGAGUUCGGGGUGCCUCGCGCGCGCGCCCCUGCGGGCGAGGGGCCGGGGCGAUGGUGAGCGCAGCUCCGGGCCGGAGGCGCGAGGGAGGCAGGCGUGUGUCCGCGGACCGGCUGCUGUCCCCAGUGCCCUCCGUGUCACCCAAGUGAUGGGAACAGGGGCCCGCCCAGGCAGCCGCUGUCGCCGCACCGCCCCCUCGUUCGCUCCCGGCGCGCGGAGUCACCCAGGCGCACCCCUGGCACCCCGAGCCCGGCUCCCCGAGCUGCCGCCGUCGCCUUGCCUGCCUUCGCCGGGAGGGGUCGGCUGUUGACUGGGCUCGCCGGUAGACGGAGAAGCACUUCUUGGCCUCCCCCGAUUCAUUCUCACACCCCAACUUCGCUGCCGCCGCGCCUGCCCUCGCCGCGGCGCUAGGCGCACAGUGUGGGGGCGCGCGCCGGGAGGCUCCGCCAGAGCGUGGAGGCAGGAAGCCGCGCCGCUGCCGUUCUGCUUCGGCUCUUUGUUGUUCGCUUUGGUUGGUCCUUGGAAGUGGCCGAGCUUCCUCGGAAACCUUGGAGCCAGAGAAGGCAAACCUCGGGAUUCCUAGUCUGCAAAGUGCUCUGCGAUAUUGACGAGCGUCCGGAAAGGUCGACCAGUAAUUACCCCGAAAACUCCUGGCGGAUUGACCCACGUUGCUUACAUUAAGCCUUUGUGUAUAUGGUGUGUGGUGUGGCUUCACAAAUUCGGGGACCCCGUUUCUACACCCUCCUCUUGGCAUGAGACUGUAUGCAGGAUCCACCCGAGGACAAUGAUCGCGGAGCCUGCUCACUUUUACCUCUUUGGAUUGAUAUGUCUCUGUUCAGGCUCCCGUCUUCGUCAGGAAGAUUUCCCACCUCGCAUUGUUGAACACCCUUCAGACCUAAUUGUCUCAAAAGGAGAACCUGCAACUUUGAACUGUAAAGCCGAGGGCCGCCCCACACCGACCAUUGAAUGGUACAAAGGCGGGGAGAGGGUGGAGACGGACAGAGAUGACCCUCGCUCACACCGCAUGUUGUUGCCAAGUGGGUCUUUAUUUUUCUUACGAAUUGUACACGGACGGAAGAGUAGGCCAGACGAAGGGGUCUACGUCUGUGUAGCGAGGAAUUACCUCGGCGAGGCUGUGAGCCACAAUGCGUCGCUGGAGGUAGCUAUACUACGGGAUGACUUCAGACAAAAUCCCUCUGAUGUCAUGGUGGCAGUGGGGGAGCCCGCGGUGAUGGAGUGCCAGCCACCACGAGGCCAUCCUGAGCCCACCAUUUCUUGGAAGAAAGAUGGCUCUCCACUGGACGACAAAGAUGAAAGGAUAACUAUACGAGGAGGAAAACUCAUGAUUACUUACACCCGCAAGAGCGAUGCUGGGAAGUAUGUGUGUGUCGGCACCAACAUGGUUGGGGAACGUGAGAGUGAAGUGGCGGAGCUGACCGUGUUAGAGAGACCGUCAUUUGUGAAGAGACCCAGUAACUUGGCCGUCACCGUGGAUGACAGCGCGGAGUUUAAAUGCGAGGCCCGCGGGGACCCUGUGCCUACCGUGCGGUGGAGGAAAGAUGACGGGGAGCUGCCCAAAUCCAGAUAUGAAAUCAGAGAUGAUCAUACCUUGAAAAUCCGAAAGGUGAUGGCUGGUGACAUGGGGUCAUACACUUGUGUUGCAGAAAAUAUGGUUGGAAAAGCUGAAGCAUCAGCUACUUUGACUGUCCAAGUUGUGUCUGAACCUCCGCAUUUCGUUGUGAAGCCCCGGGACCAGGUUGUGGCCUUGGGGCGAACUGUAACUUUUCAGUGUGAAGCAACCGGAAAUCCUCAACCAGCUAUUUUUUGGAGGAGAGAGGGGAGUCAGAAUCUACUGUUUUCAUAUCAGCCACCACAGUCAUCCAGCCGUUUUUCAGUCUCCCAGACUGGUGACCUCACUGUUACUAAUGUCCAGCGAUCUGAUGUUGGUUAUUAUAUCUGCCAGACUUUAAAUGUUGCCGGAAGUAUCAUCACAAAAGCAUAUUUGGAAGUUACCGAUGUGAUUGCAGACCGACCUCCCCCAGUCAUUCGACAAGGUCCUGUGAAUCAGACGGUAGCAGUGGACGGUACCUUAGUGCUCAGCUGUGUGGCCACAGGCAGUCCAGUGCCCACAAUUCUGUGGAGAAAGGAUGGGGUUCUUGUUUCAACCCAAGAUUCUCGAAUUAAACAGCUUGAGACUGGAGUUCUGCAGAUCCGAUAUGCGAAGCUGGGUGACACUGGUCGGUACACCUGCAUCGCAACCACCCCCAGUGGUGAAGCAACAUGGAGUGCUUACAUUGAAGUCCAAGAAUUUGGAGUUCCAGUUCAGCCUCCAAGACCCACCGACCCAAAUUUAAUCCCUAGUGCCCCCUCCAAACCUGAAGUUAUAGAUGUCAGUAGAAAUACAGUAACAUUGUCAUGGCAACCAAACUUGAAUUCAGGUGCAACUCCAACAUCUUAUAUUCUAGAAGCCUUCAGCCAUGCAUCUGGUAGCAGUUGGCAGACUGUAGCAGAGAAUGUGAAAACAGAAACAUUUGCCAUUAAAGGACUCAAACCUAAUGCAAUUUACCUUUUCCUUGUGAGGGCAGCUAAUGCAUAUGGAAUUAGUGAUCCAAGCCAGAUAUCAGAUCCAGUGAAAACACAAGAUGUUCCCCCAACAAGUCAAGGGGUGGAUCACAAGCAGGUCCAGAGGGAACUGGGAGAUGUUGUACUGCACCUCCACAACCCAACCAUCCUCUCUUCCUCUUCAAUCGAAGUUCACUGGACAGUGGACCAACAGUCUCAGUAUAUUCAAGGAUAUAAAAUUCUUUAUCGGCCAUCUGGAGCCAACCAUGGGGAAUCGGAGUGGUUAGUUUUUGAAGUGAGAACGCCAACCAAAAAUAGUGUGGUUAUCCCUGAUCUCAAAAAGGGAGUCAACUAUGAAAUUAAGGCUCGUCCUUUUUUUAAUGAAUUUCAAGGAGCAGACAGUGAAAUUAAAUUUGCUAAAACCCUGGAAGAAGCACCCAGUGCCCCACCUCAAAGUGUAACUGUAUCAAAGAAUGAUGGAAAUGGAACUGCAAUUCUUGUUAGUUGGCAGCCUCCUCCAGAAGACACUCAAAAUGGAAUGGUCCAAGAGUACAAGGUUUGGUGUUUGGGCAAUGAAACGCGCUACCAUAUAAACAAAACGGUGGAUGGUUCCACACUCUCUGUGGUCAUUCCCUCUCUGGUCCCCGGGGUCCGGUACAGUGUGGAGGUGGCGGCCAGCACGGGGGCUGGGCCAGGGGUGAAGAGCGAGCCGCAGUUUAUCCAACUAGAUUCUCAUGGCAACCCAGUGUCACCCGAGGACCAGGUGAGCCUCGCUCAGCAGAUCUCCGACGUGGUGAAGCAACCCGCCUUCAUCGCGGGCCUCGGGGCGGCCUGCUGGGUCAUCCUCAUGGUCUUCAGCAUCUGGCUCUACCGGCACCGCAAGAAGAGAAAUGGGCUGACCAGUACCUACGCGGGUAUCAGGAAAGUAACUUAUCAGAGAGGAGGCGAAGCUGUGAGCAGUGGAGGGAGGCCAGGACUUCUCAACAUCAGUGAGCCUGCUGCACAGCCCUGGCUGGCAGACACGUGGCCUAACACUGGUAACAAUCACAAUGACUGCUCCAUCAACUGCUGCACCGCGGGCAGUGGGAACAGCGACAGCAAUCUCACCACCUACAGUCGCCCAGCUGAUUGUAUAGCAAAUUAUAACAACCAACUGGAUAACAAACAAACAAAUCUGAUGCUCCCUGAGUCAACUGUUUAUGGUGAUGUGGACCUUAGUAACAAAAUCAAUGAGAUGAAAACCUUCAAUAGCCCAAAUCUGAAGGAUGGGCGUUUUGUCAAUCCAUCAGGGCAGCCCACUCCUUAUGCCACCACCCAGCUCAUCCAGUCAAACCUCAGCAACAACAUGAACAAUGGCAGUGGGGACUCCGGCGAGAAGCACUGGAAGCCACCCGGGCAGCAGAAACAAGAAAUGGCACCAAUUCAGUAUAACAUCAUGGAGCAAAACAAACUGAACAAAGAUUAUCGAGCAAAUGACACAAUUCCUCCAACUAUCCCAUACAACCAAUCAUAUGACCAGAAUACAGGAGGAUCCUACAAUAGUUCUGACCGGGGCAGUAGUACAUCUGGGAGUCAAGGGCACAAGAAAGGGACACGAACACCCAAAGUACCAAAACAAGGUGGCAUGAACUGGGCAGAUCUGCUUCCCCCACCCCCGGCGCAUCCUCCUCCUCAUAGCAACAGUGAAGAGUUCAGUAUUUCGGUGGAUGAAAGCUAUGACCAAGAAAUGCCAUGUCCAGUGCCACCAGCGAGGAUGUAUUUACAACAAAACGAACUAGAAGAGGAGGAAGAUGAACGAGGCCCCACUCCCCCCAUCCGAGGAGCAGCGUCUUCUCCGGCCGCUGUGUCUUACAGCCACCAGUCCACGGCCACCCUGACCCCGUCUCCACAGGAGGAGCUCCAGCCCAUGCUGCAGGACUGCCCAGAGGAGCCUGGCCACAUGCAGCACCAGCCCGACAGGAGGCGGCAGCCCGUGAGCCCCCCGCCACCUCCACGGCCGCUCUCCCCGCCGCACACCUACGGCUACAUUUCAGGGCCGCUGGUCUCGGAUAUGGACACGGAUGCGCCAGAAGAGGAAGAAGACGAAGCCGACCUGGAAGUGGCCAAGAUGCAGACCAGAAGGCUUUUGCUCCGUGGGCUUGAGCAGACCCCGGCCUCCAGCGUCGGGGACCUGGAGAGCUCAGUCACGGGGUCCAUGAUCAACGGCUGGGGCUCAGCCUCCGAGGAGGACAACAUUUCCAGUGGACGCUCCAGUGUCAGCUCCUCCGACGGCUCCUUUUUCACCGAUGCUGACUUCGCCCAGGCCGUGGCGGCGGCCGCGGAGUAUGCUGGUCUGAAGGUGGCCCGGCGUCAGAUGCAGGAGGCCGCGGGCCGCCGGCACUUCCAUGCAUCCCAGUGCCCUCGGCCCACAAGUCCUGUCUCCACGGACAGCAACAUGAGCACCGCCGUGAUGCAGAAGACCAGACCAGCCAAGAAACCGAAACACCAGCCAGGACACCUGCGCAGAGAAGCCUACACAGAUGAUCUUCCACCUCCUCCUGUGCCACCACCUGCUAUAAAGUCACCCACUGUCCAAUCCAAGGCACAGCUGGAAGUACGACCUGUCAUGGUGCCAAAACUUCCUUGUAUAGAAGCAAGAACAGACAGAUCAUCAGAUAGAAAAGGAGGCAAUUAUAAGGGGAGGGAAGUAUUGGAUGGAAGACCAGUUGCUGAAAUGCGAACAAAUCCAGGUGAACCCAGAGAAGCACAGGAACAGCAAAAUGAUGGGAAAGGACGCGGAAACAAGGCAGCAAAACGGGACCUUCCACCAGCAAAGACUCAUCUCAUCCAAGAGGAUAUUCUACCUUACUGUAGACCUACUUUUCCGACAUCCAAUAAUCCCAGAGAUCCUAGUUCUUCAAGCUCAAUGUCAUCUAGGGGAUCAGGAAGCAGACAAAGAGAACAAGCAAAUGUAGGUCGAAGAAAUAUUGCAGAAAUGCAAGUUCUUGGAGGAUAUGAAAGAGGAGAAGAUAAUAAUGAAGAAUUAGAGGAAACUGAAAGCUGAAGACAACCAGAGAGGCUUGUGAGAUCUAAUGUGAAAAUUGUCACUCAAGAUGCCUCAUGUCUGAUGACACAUGACGCCAGAUAAAAUGUUCAGUGCAAUCAGAGUGUACAAAUUGUCGUUUUUAUUCCUCUUACUGGAAUACCAUUUUUAAAAAUUUUACUGGGGUUUUAUUAUUGUUGUUUGAUCCCUAUCCCUAUGAGGAACCACCCUAUUCCUCUCACUGUUGGAACAAACCAUUACACUUACUUCCAGCAAGGGAGGUGUUUGAAUUCUUGCUUUGGUCAUCAGCCAGCAAAAGGGAACAGAAUAGUUCUUUUGCAUUUUGCCCCUGAGAUAUGGCAUUGCACUGCUUAUAUACCAAGCCAAUUUAUAGCAAAAUAUUGAUCAAAGAUACAAAAUUGAUUAAUUAACCUCAUGCCAAGGGCUCUGAAGAUAUAGUCUUUCUAUAACCAACUGCUAAUGCAAAUUAAAACAUACUUCAUUGUAACAUGAUUUUAAAAUCAGUCUUUCAUACCACCCUUUCCUGGGAGAAAAUAAAAAUAUAGCAAAUGCAGAACAACCACAAUUAAUUUGAAUGGGGUAGAAACAUUGUAAAUAUAUACUCUUUGCAACCCCUGGUGAUACUUUUUUUUUUUUUCACUUCAUUUCAGUCACUGAAGUAUAUUCUUAUUGGAAAUGUUCGUCUUUUCGAUAAGUAGGGGGAAGCCAGUUGGAUCUCUGAUUGUCUAGUCAUUGUCAUAAGUAAGCCUAGCAAAAACCUUACUCUAUUUUUCAAUCAAAAACCGAUUAAAAAUGCAUAUUACAAACAAAUGGAUGUUUUUAAUGACCAAUUGAAUAAGAACAUCCCUAUCUUAACUGGCCUAAAUUUCUUCUGUUAGUGUCAGUUCAACUUUCAGAAGUGCCACUUAAGGAAGUCUGAUUUUUGUUUUUGUAAUGCACUGUUUUUUAAACUUUUUUUUUUUUUUUGGUUUUAAAAGCACAAUCACUAAACUUUAUUUGUAAACCAUUGUAACUAUUAACCUUUUUUGUCUUAUUGAAAAAUAAAUGUUGAGAAACGUUUUUAACCUGUUUUGUUAAUGCUCUAUGUUUGUAUUUGGAAUAUUUGAAUGAUGACAGAUGGUGAAGUAAUGUGCGUACUUUAUUGUGGGCCAUAAACCCAGUGGUUCUUACUUUUCCUGGACUUAAGGAAAAAGAGAUUUAAGUUUGUUGUGGCCAAUGUUGAAACUUAAAAGAUUUCCUUAUAAGCUCAAAUAGAGGCGUUAUGUGCUUUGAUUUGCCAAAUAAUGCUCUCCGACUGUAGAUUUUUAUGAUCCUUUUUUGUCAUUAUAUAAAUUUUAUUGACUUUAUAAUUGGUGCUAUUUGAAGAAAAAAAUGUACACUUAUUCCUACACAGGCGUCAGGCCUGACCCACUGGAAAACAAAGCCAAACAAAAUGGAACCACAAAAAAAGCUGGUAUUCACCAAAAACUAAAUGUGUUCACUUAGAUAAUUGAAAAGUUACAUUGAAAGGGUGUGCAGUACUAAGGGAACAAUCCAUGUGAUUAAUGUUUUCAUUAUGUUCAUGUAAGAAGCCUCUUAUUUUUAGCCAUAAUUUUGCAUACUGAAAAUCCAGUAAUCAAAAAAGUAAUUUUGUCACAUUAUUUAUUAAAAAUGUUCUCAAAUACA